AUGUCUCCCUCGACAACUCUCCCUACCGGCUCCAAGCCAAAUCAACCCCCUCCCGAGAGCAGCCGGAGGUGCAUCACCCGCGUGACGCUCUCGAACGGGUACCGCGCCUACCACCCCCAGAACACCGACGGCAACAAGCCCCCAAAGCAGAAGAAGAGGGUGCGGUUUGUCAGGGGCCACGACUCUGACGGGUCCGUUGCUCUUUCGGAGGCGAGCUCUGACCUGGAGAGCGAGGAAGUAGAGUAUGACUUGUUUCGUGACUUUCCGCUCGAUGAGGCUGACGGCUGGAUUCCCGUCAUGGUGGCGGAGGAGGAGGAAGGGAAUGACUGGAUGUCGCUUACGGGUUCGUGGAUGAGAAUGGGUGACAUGGUGGAAGCUUUCAAGUGA